UGCUCUGCAAAUCAACAUCUAUUUUACGUUAGAUACUUGGCUUUAUGUUAUAUAUAUAUAUAUAUAUAUAUAUAUAUAUAUAUACAUAUAUGCUAUACAUAUAUGCUAUACAUGCCUGAUAACUCCUGUCUCUUGUAAACGGCAUCACCUAUAUCUAACACCAUUUGCACUUGGCCCUGUGUGGCCAAACUAGUGACAUCAUGCGGAAUGAGAAUAGAUGCCACACAUCUAUGUAUCGAUUGCAUGUGUGUGCGUAUGAGACGCGUUCCCCACUCCGCAUGACGUUACCUGUUUAGUUUGUCCACAUCCAGGGCUAAACGCAGAUGGCACUGCGAACCAGCGUCCAACUUUUAUAAGAGCGAGUUUAGAUUGUCAGGAGCACUAGGAGCACUAGGAGAAGGAGGAGGAAAGGACGCGAACUUCAAAGCACGCGAUCGAAAGUCGUACGGCGACCGGAAUUUUCACUUCUGCCGUCGAGUUUCACUUCUAACCUAAAUUCAGUACGGACGAGAAUCGUGCGCAUACAUCCAACACAACACCUGCGGACGCAUACCACACCGGUGAAAAGAAGAGAGCACGUAGACGAGAUUCGUCGACAGCAGUGAUUUUUUCAAGAUUCCUCUCACGCAAAAUUAUCGGCGGGCUAAUCGAAAAACUUGCUCCACGACAACGUAUCCCGACUCGGAGUCACGCACUUCUGCAGCUUACUAAAUAGCCGUGACAUACAGACAAACGUUCGUCGUCAUCGUCGUCGUCGUCGUCGUCGCAGCAACUGCGCGUGAUUGCGUAAACCCGAUACCGGGGAGCGAAAAGUGCUCGUCUCCUUGCACGCUUUUCUAUACUAACGGAACCAACGAUCCAAUCACCACCACUAGUGAUUGUCACCAACAACAGAACAACAGACGUGGAGCAAGAUGUGGCCGGAGGACGUCGGCAUCCUGGCAUUGGAAGUCUAUUUUCCGGCGCAGUAUGUGGAGCAGAGUGAACUGGAAGCACACGACGGCGUGUCGGCCGGUAAGUACACGAUCGGAUUAGGUCAGUCGCGGAUGGGCUUCUGCAACGACCGCGAGGACAUCAACUCGUUGUGCCUGACGGUAACGCAUCGUCUGAUGGAGCGUUACGAUGUGCGGCCACAGCAGAUCGGCCACCUGGAGGUCGGCACCGAGACGAUCCUCGACAAGAGCAAGUCCGUCAAAUCCGUGCUGAUGCAGCUGUUCGAGCCGCACGGCUGCACCGACAUCGAGGGCGCGGACACCACGAAUGCCUGCUACGGCGGCACCGCCGCGCUCUUCAACGCCGUCAACUGGGUGGAGAGCAGCGCGUGGGACGGUAGAUCGGCCCUGGUGGUUAUGGCCGACAACGCGGUAUACGCCGAGGGUAGCGCGCGGCCGACCGGCGGCGCUGGCGCGAUCGCGAUCCUCGUAGGUCCAGAUGCGCCUUUGGUAUUCGAUCGCGGUCUUCGGGUAUCUUGCAUGCGACACGCCUACGAUUUUUACAAGCCGAACCUGCGCUCCGAAUACCCGGUGGUAGACGGCAAGCUGUCGAUCCAAUGCUACCUCAGCUCCUUGGACAACUGUUACCAAAAAUAUCGCGAGAAGCGAUGCCUCACCGAGCAAAAGCCCAGCGAGGACGUGAAUCUUGCGAACUUUGACGUAGUCCUCUUCCACUCGCCGUAUUGUAAGCUCGUGCAAAAGUCCUUCGCCAGGUUGGCCUUUAUUGAUUUCCUCAAUACACCUCGGGAACGCAUCCCAGACAGCUACGGGGACACUAUUAGGGCGUUCCACGCCAGCAAACUCGAAGACACGUACUUCGAUCGGGACAUCGAGAAGGCGUUCAUGGCACUGAGUAAGUGCGACUUUGAGCGCAAGACUCGGCCCAGCCUGUUGAUCGCCAACCAGGUCGGCAAUAUGUACACGCCGUCGGUGUAUUCCGGCCUGGUGUCGCUGCUGAUAUCCAAGCCGAUCGAUGAGUUGGCUGGCAACAAGAUAGCCGUGUUCUCGUACGGCUCUGGCCUAUGCUCCAGUAUGUAUUCGUUAACCGUAACCAAGAACACGCAAGAGGGCUCCGAUCUGGCAAAAAUCGUUUCCGCUCUCUCCUACGUCAAAUCGCAGCUGGAGACGCGACAACGUGCUUCACCGGCGGACUACACCAGAAUAUUGGCAUUAAGGGAGCAGAAUUAUCAUGUCGUGCCAUUCGCGCCCGAGAGCAGCACCGCCAACAUGUUCACGGGCACAUAUUACCUCACGCAGGUGGACGAGAUGUACAGAAGGACUUACGCGAGAGUAUGAGAUUAGCCGUAUUAGGCGUACAAGUUUAUUAGAUCUUUUAUCUUGUUUUUAUCUUGUUUUUCUUCCUUUUUUUCGUGCACGAAAAUACAAAAUAUAGAACACUCGGGAAAGGUGUUAUAAUUUGUUUUUUUUUUAUUCGAUGUAAUAUAUUGUUAAGAGCGAGGAAGAAAGUUGAGGUUAAGAUCUUUUGACCUUGACACAUGAGUCGCGAGUUUGUGCGGCCGGCUUUGUUUGGUCUGGCUGUAUUUAUUUGUUCGACCCAACGUCUUCCCAAUAAUUGUAUAUUAAUUGUCCUGUUCUUUUCACCAAGUCGGUUCAAGGGCCGAACUUGAUUAUUUUUUAAUGCCCGGUCUUCGGAUGUGAUUGCGUCGAUAGCAAUAAAUAUAAAUCAUGUAAAUUUUUCAGAAAAUAUAAUUAAUGUUAUUUAUGCUACCGCCAUCGCGUAGAAAGUAUCAGGCUUGGUGAAAAAAAAUUAGAUUUUUUCCUCACUCUCUCUCUCUCUCUUUUGUGUGAUUUUAAUAAGAACUAUUUUAAAAAAGUAAAAAAUAGAAAUUCUACUUGCACACAAUUAGUUUCUUCGCUGAUUCGUAUCAUAUGUAACUUUUGAUGCAGAAUUACAUACAAACACCGUUCCUUACAUCGUCAAUUAUAGAGAUUUUCGAAUAUAUCUGCAAUGCGUCAGAGCUUAUCCGAUUAAUUGUUAUAGCUUGUUAAUAUGUGCUUGUUAUGCAUUCAACAAUGAUAUUUGUUUUGUAAAAAAUCUAAUUUAUCAUGUAUUGCGUUUAAAUCACAUUCCGAGGCUCCUAGUAAUGUUAUCGCAAUGAUAUUACCGAAUUACAAUGUCAGAUGUGAAGAAAAUCAGUUUAUCUGUAUGUCGACAAUGAGAGGGCAAAAUUCACAUAAAUUCUCUUGUUUGUCGUCCAUCACAUAUUGAUAUAUCGUAGCGAGGAGCCUUUAACGUGAAGACAGUGUAAAAAGUGCCUUAAGUAUGUAUAAACUGUUCUUGUAUACAAAAAAGGAGAAGGGAAUAGUUAGGAGAAUUGGUUGAUUUGAUUCACGUCCUUAUAUUAUUCAUGUCAUCUGUAUUUCAUUUAAAACGCAGGGAAUAAUACACAAAGAUUAAAUACAAACGACUAUAAGCAGCAUCGAAAACGCAUGUAUUUUACUUUUCGAUCGAUACACACAAAAUUAAGAAUUUAAUUUCCGAUCUGUAUGGCGUACAGCAAUGUCGCUGUUCGUCGCAACGAAUUCGCGUUAUGAAUUAUGCGCUCUGCCUCAUUACCUUCAUAGUUUUUUAUAGUAUGUGAUGAAAUGUUAUGAUUAGCGCGUAAAGCCAAAUAAGUGCUAUCAAUUAACAUUUUACGCAGCGAACACUUGCAAUAAUAUAUGAAGUAAUGUUGUUUACUGUAUCGUUAUUUAUACAAGUACAUGCUGUAUACAGCUGUAUAUAUAUUUAUACAUAUAUAUGUUGUUUAUUUACAUUGAAAUAAAUAAUUGUUUCUGUUACGUUGAUGCUACGCGUGUGUGUGUAUAUAUGUAUAUACACACACAUACAUAUAUAAAAUUAUAUAAUUAUACGUAUAAUUUUUUGUAUUAACAAAUAAUCGGCUUAUCAUAUAACGAAGGAAUUGAACUGUAGAUAAAUAUAUAUAUAUAUAUAUAUAUAUAUAUAUAUAUAUAUAUA